GUAUUCCCAAAUGCGGCGCAUUGUCUAUGCACCUAUCAUAUCUCAAACAAAUUGAAGAUGCAUUAUAAGACUGAGGCACAAGCAGUAAAAGAGGAGUUUUAUGCAGCAGCAAGGGCAUAUACCGUAGAUGAAUUCAAUAUGCAUAUGUCUCAAAUAAUGAAGUUGAAUCCGGAUGACGUAACGUAUCUAGAAAAAGUUGGCUUUCAGAAGUGGGCACGAGUUCAUUGCCCCAAUAAUAGAUACUUUACCAUGACAUCUAAUGCUGUUGAAUCAAUAAAUGCUGCAAUUCGGUCCAUUCGUGACCUACCAAUAACAACACUACUUGAGGCUCUUAGGGACAUGCAGCAGAGAUGGAAUGUGGCUAACAAGGAUGAAGCCAAAGGCACAUUUACUACUCUUGCAAAGAAGCCACAUAGUAUGUUGGAAACUAAUUACAAAAUAGCAGCAAGAUAUUCU